AAGCAAAUAAUGUCUUCUUCAAACUUGUUAUUUUUCUUUCUGGCUCUACUAAUCAUCACACUCUACACCAUACCAAAUUUCGCAUCUGCUUCUUUGGAGGAAGCCAAUGCUCUUCUUAAAUGGAAAUCAAGCCUUCAAAUCCCAAAAAACUCCUUACUAUCUUCAUGGAUUCCCCUCCCUUUGAAUUCCAGUGCAUCGGUUCCAUGCACUUCUUGGUUUGGAGUAGUAUGCAAUGCUGAUGGGAGCACUCAGAAGUUGAACCUCACAUCAUCUGGAUUAAAGGGUACGCUUCAUCAAUUUUCAUUCUCUUUGCUACACAAUCUUACGCAUUUUAAUCUCAGUCUGAACAACUUCUAUGGCCCCAUCCCAUCAGAAAUCCAACUUUUGUCCAAACUUAUCCAUCUUGAUUUUUCUGAGAAUAAUUUUUCUGGAGUAAUCCCACCUGAAAUAGGAACCCUGCACCAGCUAACCAUCUUGUACCUAUAUUCAAACAAUAUAUCUGGUUCAAUUCCUUCAUCCUUGGGCAAUUUGAAGUAUCUCAGUGAACUUUUCAUGAGCCACAAUCAACUUAGUGGUUCUAUUCCUUUAUCUCUAGCAAAGCUGAGUAACCUACAGAUUCUGUACCUAGGUGUGAAUAAAUUAUCUGGUUCCAUUCCUAUUGAACUUGGGAAUUUUAAGUCUCUCACUAAGCUUGGUCUGAGCUCCAAUCAACUUACUGGUUCUAUUCCUUCAUCAUUGGGUAAUUUGACAUCUUUGAAUCUCCUUUAUUUGCACACCAAUCAGCUCUCUGGUCCCAUUCCUGUUGACCUUGGGAAUUCGAAGUCUCUCACUGAUCUUGCUGUGAAUGAGAAUCAACUUAAUGGCUCUAUUCCUUCAUCAUUGGGUAAUUUGACAUCUUUGAAUCUCCUUUAUUUGCACACCAAUCAACUCUCUGGUCCCAUUCCUUUUGAACUUGGGAAUUUGAAGUCUCUCACUAAUCUUGGUCUGAGUAACAAUCAACUUAGUGGUUCAAUUCCUUCAUCAUUGGGUAAUUUGACAUCUUUGAAUCUCCUUUAUUUGCACACCAAUCAGCUCUCUGGUCCCAUUCCUGUUGACCUUGGGAAUUCGAAGUCUCUCACUGAUCUUGCUGUGAAUGAGAAUCAACUUAAUGGCUCUAUUCCUUCAUCAUUGGGUAAUUUGACAUCUUUGAAUGUCCUUUAUUUGCACACCAAUCAGCUCUCUGGUCCCAUUCCUGUUGACCUUGGGAAUUCGAAGUCUCUCACUGAUCUUGCUGUGAAUGAGAAUCAACUUAAUGGCUCUAUUCCUUCAUCAUUGGGUAAUUUGACAUCUUUGAAUCUCCUUUAUUUGCACACCAAUCAGCUCUCUGGUCCCAUUCCUGUUGACCUUGGGAAUUCGAAGUCUCUCACUGAUCUUGCUGUGAAUGAGAAUCAACUUAAUGGCUCUAUUCCUUCAUCAUUGGGUAAUUUGACAUCUUUGAAUCUCCUUUAUUUGCACACCAAUCAACUCUCUGGUCCCAUUCCUGUUGAACUUGGGAAUUUGAAGUCCCUUAAUAAGCUUAAUGUGGGCGACAAUCAACUUAGUGGUUCUAUUCCUUCAUCACUAGCAAACCUCAGCAACAUACAGUGGCUGAACCUUGGUGGUAAUAAAUUAUCUGGUCCCAUUCCUAGUGAACUUGGGAAGUUGAAGUCUCUCACUCAUCUUUCGGUGAGCAGAAAUCAGAAUAAUGGUUUUAUUCCAUCAUCAUUUGGUGAUUUGACAUUUUUAAAUUUUCUUUAUAUACAUCACAAUGAGCUUGUUGGUCCUAUUCCUAGUGAACUUGGGAAGUUGAAGUCCCUCACUGAUUUUAAGGUGAACAACAAUAAAAUUAGUGGUUCUAUUCCAUCAGAGUUUGGCAAUUUAACUCAACUACAAAGACUUGAUUUGUCUUCGAAUCAUUUGGUUGAUGAGAUCCCAAAGGAGUUUGGGAAGAUGAAAAAUAUGUUGGAAGUGUACUUGGCAGGCAACCAUCUUUCAGGUGUUAUACCUCUAGAGCUUGGAUUUUGUGAACUCCUUGAAGUACUCGAUCUAUCCAAAAACAGAUUGAAUGGGUCGAUUCCAACAAGUAUCGGUCAAUGGGAACACAUCCACUACUUGAAUCUUAGUAAUAACAAGCUCAGUGAGAAAAUUCCAUCCGAGAUUGGUAAAUUAGUUCAUCUUACAGACCUUGAUUUAUCUCAGAAUUUUCUCACAAAAGAGAUACCAGCUGAAGUUCAAAGUUUGCAGAGUUUGCAAAAUUUGGAUUUUUCUCACAAUAGACUGUCUGGUUCUAUUCCUGAUGCUUUUGUAAAUUUGCCUCGUGGUAUUGAUAUCAACCUUUCUUUCAAUAAGCUCUCAGGUCCAGUCCCCCUUUCAGCUAACUUUGUGAAUGCGUCCAUAGAAAGCAAUCCAAAUUUGUGUGGGAAUAUUACGGGAUUGAAACUUUGUCCAAGUCAGAUUAUGAAGAAGAAAAAUGAUCCCUUUCAUCACAAGCUCAUCCUUGUAAUUACGCUUCCUCUUAUCGGGGCUGUUUUACUUGGUGUAUUCAUGUAUUGCCUCAUUUCUUAUCAACAACAAAAGAAAAAGUCUCCACAAAAACCAACGGACAAGGAAAGUGGCAAUUAUUUCUCUAUUACAAGUUUCCAUGGAAAAGUAGUGUAUGCUGAAAUCUUGAAGGCAACAAAUGAUUUCGAUGAAGCAUACUGCAUUGGGACCGGAGGAUAUGGGACUGUGUACAAAGCCGAGCUACAACCUGACAAUGCGGUAGCUGUCAAGAAACUUCACUCAUCAUCUGAGAAUGUUGACCAUAAUGGAUUCCUUAAUGAGGUACGAGCAUUAACGAACAUAAGGCAUCGAAACAUAGUGAAACUAUAUGGAUAUUGCUCCCAUGUUAGCCACUCAUUUUUGAUUUAUGAAUACCUUGAAAAUGGAAGCCUUGGAUCAAUCUUAAGAAGCGAUGUCUUAGCAAAAGAAUUGGAUUGGUUGAAAAGAGUAAAUAUUGUAAAGGGCUUAGCUAAUGGUUUGGCUUAUAUGCAUCACGACUGCUCACCUCCUAUAAUUCAUAGAGACAUUUCUAUUGCCAACAUCCUUCUUGAUUCUGAUUGUGAGGCACAUAUUUCUGAUUUUGGCACAUCCAAGCUUUUGAAACUCGAUUCAUCCAACUGGACCGCAAUUGCAGGCACCUAUGGUUAUAUCGCACCAGAGCUUGCUUAUACGAUGGUGGCAAAUGAGAAAUGCGAUGUUUAUAGCUUUGGAGUUGUUGCAAUAGAAGUGAUAAUGGGAAAGCAUCCCGGAGAUCUCAUAACAUCUUUUCCAACAUUGUCUGCUGAUUAUCUGGUGCCAGCAACCGUGGGAGAUAGUCGGAUACCUCCUCCCUCAUCAUAAGUUGAGAAACAAGUGAAGUUGGUUUUGAGUCUCUCAAGAGCAUGUUUGAACUCCAAUCCACAUGAAAGACCAACAAUGCAACAAGUUUCAAAUCUGUUAAUGAAGGAUCAGCUUUGAAUUGACAUCUCUUGGGCUGAUUGAAAUAGUGUACUUUCAGUGUUCUUUUUAC